AUGUCUCGUGCCGCCAGUAAAAGCGUAGGAGGUCUCGAGAUGCCGCCGCUAUCGGCACUGUCAGGUACGCGUCUUUUAGGUCUAGCUUCGCUACCCAGUCUCCGUGGAGGAGGAGAUCUCUUAGUAGGUGAAUACCUUCCAUCUUGAAAUGGCGGUACCUAACUAUGGCAUUGAGGGGGCGCAAAUUUAUGACGGGUCUCAAUUGGCCGCCCUUCUUUUCCACCAGGAAGAUAUUGCUUAUGACACCUGCGGGGUUGAGGGGUGCUUGUUCUAUAGCCCCUUUGAUAAGGAGAGUUCCUCGUCGAUCCGUCUGCGGUCCUGGAGGGAAAAGAAGGAGGGGGAAUGUGUAUGAGAUGAUUGGUGAGUUCUAUACUGAAACCCCGAAUAGUGGUCAGUACCCAGGGGUCUGAAGUGAUUUGUGACCAGGCUGGGAAGAAAUGUUGGAGUCUGCCCCCUACGUAACCCGGAGAAGAAAUGUGUGGUAUGAGGUAACUCACCGUAUGGUCGUCUUGAGCUUGGGUUACCCCGAAAGCCUCUGGAUCGCCAUGGACGUCCGCGGGAUGGAAAAAAUGUGGGGCGGGAGGUGGCAUCCUGGUACUGGUUACGGUGCUGGAAGGAGCCUCUUCCCAUGCCACGGGAUUGGGGGUAACUGCGGCCGGACAGACGGCUCCUGAAUCUGCCAGCCCUGGUAGAGACCCGCCCCUGGAAUACUCGCCUCAUGGAGGCUUGGGCCUUGUCUCGAGCUGUGAAUGCUCCAACGAAGCGCCCUAAAUCUUUUAUGAAGGAAUCUCCGAAGAGAAGUCCUUGGGCGUCUUUACCCGCUUCCGUAAGGGCGAGGUUGGCAAGUUUGGGCUCAAUUUUUAAUAAUAUGGCCUUACGCCUUUCUAUAGUAAGGGAGGUAUUUACACUCCCAGCAAUGCAUAUUGCUCUCUGGACCCAACCUCUAAGGUCUUCGGGGUCAACCAUGCGGUUCUCCGCUCUGGCGUCUUCCGCCAAGUCAAAUAAUUUGGCCAAGGGGCCGAAUAUGUCCAGGUGUUUGUCCUGGCAUGAUUUCAAUGCCGACUCCAGUCCUUUAUGGGGAUUCCAGACCAUUUUAGUGAGGAACUGGGUCAUCUUGGGGUCUACCUCCGGAGUGUCGCAAACUUUGUUAGGCACCACAGGCCUAGGACACUCUGCCCUCAAUUUGUUGCGGGCCGCUUUACUUAAGGGUCUUCUGACCCAAUUUUCCAGGUAUGUGGCAACGUGGUCAGCCGGGAGCUACUCUGCCGACCUCGGAUGGUGUAGAUCAUCCGGGUCUAAGAGUGGGACACCCGAAGGAUCCACAAGGGUGGACCCCGCAGCCGCGGGGUUCCUGAUCCCUAUCUCGCCUCCGGGCAUCUCUGCCUGAGCAGAGGAAAGGAGGUCAAGACCAGCAUCAGCGGCAUCCGCAUCAGAGUCAGUAUCCGACUCACUCUUAGCCUCCUCAUUUGACCCGAUUUCUGAGUCGGUGUCGCUCUCUAUCUGUGCUCUGGCACAUUUCCAUAGUCGCACCCGUUCUGCCUGGUGCGGAAAGGCUCUUUUGCGUGGAUGGGACACGCUUUCUGGGGCGACCGAAGGUACGCCAAUCAUGGUGUUUCUGGAGGCAGAGGGGUGCUUGGACUUAUGGGUAGCCUUUUUAAACACCUCUUUAAACACCUCUCCCUGGGGUUUCACAGAGGGACGCGGUAAAGGCGUCGAGAGGCCCGAAAGCUGCUCAUCUGAAGGACGUGGCAAGAGGGCCUGUGAAAUGGUGUGGGAGAGGGUGGAGGACAUAGACCCCAUGGCCGCCAUAAUGGCGUCUGUCACUGAGCGCUGCAGCGCUAGGAACUGUGCCCCAUCAGAGUGGGUAGUUCCAUCAGCCAUAGUAGGCGAGUUGUCUGAGGUGACAGGAACCUCACUCCUAAUGAGUGGGGUAUCAGACUCCCCAGAGGGAGUGGACCCAGCGGGUAGUCUGGGUUUAGUCAUGCUGAGAAAAUUAGCAGGGAAUAAUAGGUAAGAGAAAAAGGUAUGGGUUAGUCACCCAAACAGCUAGACAAAGCUAAAAACGCUCUCACCAGGGCCCAGACCAGUGACACACUAAGAUGUAGGAGACAGGAAGUCUGAAAAUGGCCGCCGGUAAUCUCGCGGGAUUCGCGGCACCCGCGAGAUUCGCGGCAAAAACUACCGAACGUUCGGUAAAAUAAGGUGAAUUCGGGAACCAGAUGGGUAAGUAUAAGGGAAUAAAGAGUAGGCGAACGUACCGUUCGCAUAAAAAAUUUGAAUGCGGCAAACAUGCGAAUGCUCUGUUCGCCGAAUGGGGAAUGAGAUGUGUGUGCGGCGAAGCAGCCGAAUAGGCUCAAUUCGCGCGCAUACACGGCCGGGGAGAGAACGUGAGCAAAAAUGGCGCCAGGGCAACAGACAGACAGGAGACAAGACACCAUUGACAGGGUAGGUCUGGGCCCCUAAGACUAACAGAAAAACAGAUAAAGACAUAGAGGUACAAUGAGACAAAGUACUAAAUAAUUGUAAUAUAAAAUAAAAAUGAAAUAAAUAUAAGUAAAAUGAAUAAAUAAAUACAUAAAUACAAUAAAUACAAAUAAAUGUAAGGUAAAUAUGGUAGGAAAAACUAUAGAAUGCUACCAGGUUUAAGUGGUAAGCAGACUGACAGAAAAUAUCAAUGAGAAAAAAAACAGUAUAAUAAGAAAAUAUGAAGAGAAAAAAUGACAUGUACUUAUCUUUGUGUGGAGCAGCAAAGAAAGAGGGAAAUGGAAGGGAAGUGCUGCCUGUUAUACUGGGACCUGAGCGGGGAGGGGCCUAUGUUACUGCAUGUUCAUUAUUUUUUCAUUCUGUUUGUAUUCUUUGCUGCCAUUGGUGGACAGUAAAGAAAGGGAUAUGCAAUAUGAGCCUCCGUGUCUUGUUAUAAAAUUAGGAAUUAUUUGCUCCUGUAGCACUCUCAUCUAGCACUAAAACAUUAAAAACAGAUUAGCACUGAAUAGAUAUAUGGCAUCAGGCAGUGGCAUACACACAAUCCAUGGGGCCCCAGUGCGAAACUGAUCCUUGCCCCCCCACUGCCUCUUCCCCCCUCUCACCCACCACCCCCCGACACAAACACAUACAUACAGACCCACGUACAUACAGACACACAUACAUACAUACAUACAUAGAGACACACAGGCAGAUACAUACACACACACACAAGACACACAAAGACACAUACAUGCAUACAGACACACACAUAUACAUACAUACACACAGACAGAAACACACACAAACACAUACAAACAGACACAUACAUACAGACAUACAUGCAUACAGACAGACAUACACACACACAAGACACACAUGCAUACAAAGACAUAUACAUACAUACAAACAGACAGGCACACGUACAUACAGACAUACACACAUACUGACAGACACAUAUAUACACACACACACACACGUUUGUCACCCUCCUGUUUCCUACCUUUUAGGUGCAGGAAGGUGACUUUCCCUGGGGUCCAGUGGUGGCUCAGGUUGAUGGGAGUCAGAGUUCCCACUCUGACUCCCUCUCCUUCCUCACGCGCGGCUCUGUCUGAUAGCUGGGAAGAGUGACCGAGUCAGUCACUUCCUACCAGCAGUGAUAUCAUCAGAGGGCCCGGUCGCACUGUUAAAACGCUGCAGCACUGACUGGGGCCCCCUGGAAAUCCAUACUCAUCGGGUGGCCCUAACAGCCUGGGCCAUCCGAUGGGCCCCUUGAACGGGCGGUUUGCCGAACAGGUCGGGGCCGCAAGAAAUGGCGGUUGGUACCAGGUCGCGGGGGUAUGCAGGGCGGCCAAGCCCCCUGGAGAGAUGGGCCUGGUUGCAGCUGCGACCCCUAUAUGUACGCUACUGGCAUCAGGGAACUCCAGACACUGUAACCAUUUCAAUGAGAUGAAGCAGCGGUGGUGUCUAUAGUGUGCCUUAAAUUACUCAGUUCCCUUCUUUUUGUACCAUGUGCUUAUUUUCAAAACACCAAUAAACUUUGACUCCUUUUUAUUAUGGGGAGCUUGAUUUGGCCUUGUUUGGAAACGAGUGGUGCUUAAAGGAUCACUAUAGGCACCCAGACCAUUUCAGCUCAAUUUAGUGAUCUUGGUGCCAGGUCCCCCUAGUUUUAACCCUGCAGCUGAAAAUGUUUACACUGCAGGGUUAAUCCAGCCUCUAGUGGCUGUCUCCAUGACAGCCGCUUCCGCGAUUUACAUGGAGUAAAUCGUACUUAUUUAACCCUGAACGUCCUCACGGAGUCCAGCGUUAAAAAAGAUCCCCAUGGGAAAGCAUUGAGUAAUGCUUUCCUAUGGGCGGGUUUGAAUGCGCGCGUGCCUCAGGCUGCGCAUGCACAUUCGGCUCCACUCGGAAGCUGACUUCUAUGGAAGAGGAGAGGUCACCAGUGCCGAAGGAGCCGGCGCUGGAUUAAGGUAAAAUGGAUUAUGGUAACCAUUUAAAGUAACCAAACGGUAAAUAGGGCUCUAUAGCGUUAGGAAUACAUAUUUGUAUUCAGUGGCGUACAUACCAGGGUCGCAGGGGUCGUGGCUGCGACCGGGCCCGGCCCACCAGGGUGCCCGGCCGCCCUGCGACCAGGUAUGUACCCACUGUGGCCAGCCUCUGCUCCUGGGAGGGCCCAGGAGCCGGCCACCUCAGGGCCCCCCGAGGCUGGCCCUAGUGUCACCCAGCUGGCCGGUCCUGCGGGCGCGCGAGGGAGCACUCUCCCUGGCUGAGGGGAGAUCCCUCGCGCACCGCACUGAUACCGGAGCCGGAAGAUGACGUCAUCUUCCGGCUCCGGUAUCAGUACGCGAGCUGAAGAGGAAGCACUCAGCCAGGGAGAGUGCUCCCUGGCGCCCGCCAGCCUGCCAGCCCACCCAGUGACACCACUAGACCCCAGGGAAUCCCCUCGGCACUCCCAAAGGUAGGGAGGCUGGGGGGAUUACAUUUUUUUUUUUAAAGUGUGUGUGUGUGUGUGAGUGUGUUAGUGUUAGAGUGUCUGUGUGUGUUUGUGUUAGAGUGUGUGUGUUAGUGUUAGAGUGUGUCAGUGAGUGUGUUACUGUGUGUUUAGGUUUUUGUGCGUCUGUUAGGGAGUGUGUGUGUAUGUCAGUCACUGAGUGUGUGUCUGUCAGUAAAUGUGUGUGUCUGUUAGCUAGUGUGUAUGCGUCUGUUCAUGAGAGUGUGUGUGUGUGUGUGUCUUAAGCACUUACCUUUCUCCAGCGCCGGACUCCCUUGGCGCUGGAGAUCUCUCCGCCCCGAUCCGCCACUCAGCUCUGAAUGCGCGUGCGUGGCAAGAGCCGCGCGCGCAUUCAAACCGCCCAUAGGAAAGCAUUACUCAAUGUUCAGCGUCUUCUCACUGUGAUUUUCACAGUGAGAAUCGCAGAAGCUCCUCUAGCGGCUGUCAAUGAGACAGCCACUAGAGGCUGGAUUAACCCUCAGUGAAACAUAGCAGUUUCUCUGAAACUGCUAUGUUUUCAGCUGCAGGGUUAAAACUAGAGGGACCUGGCACCAGGGCCGCCAUCAGGGCAUGACAACCAUAACGGUUGUCAUGGGCCCAGCGGUCCUGGGGAGCCCGGACUGCUCAGGUCGUCCGGGCCCCACAUUCAGUGGGUACAUACCGGGUCGCAGGGGGCCCUGCGACCCCGGUAUGUACCCACUGGGCCAGCCUCUUCUCCUGGGGGGCCCAGCAGCCUGGCCCUGCUGACACCCUGCGCGCGGGUGCGCGAGGGAGCACUCUCCUCUGUGUGCUUCCUCUUCAGCUCCCUCACGCACCGCACUGAUGCCGGAGCCGGAAGAUGACGUCAUCUUCCAGCGCCGGCAUCAGUACGCGGCGCGUGAGGGAGCUGAAGAGGAAGCACUCAGCCAGGGAGAGUGCUCCUUCGCGCACCCGCCUGCCCGCCGGGUGUCAGGGGGAGAGGAAGGAAAUUUGAGGGAGGGAGGGAGGGGGAGGAAGGAAAUUUGAGGAGGGAGAGGAAGGGAGGGGAGAGUGGGAAGGAAACGGGAGGAGGGUGGGAGAGGCUGUAGGAGUUCUAUGGGAGGGGGGGAGGAAGGAAAUCUGGGAGAGGGGGGGAGAGGGAAGGAAUUUGAGGGGAGGGAGGGGGAGAGGAAGGAAAUUUGAGGGAGGGGGAGAGAAAGGAAAUUGGAGGGGGGAGGAAGGAAAUUGGAGGGGGGGAGAAGGAAGGAAAUGAGAGGGAGGGGGAGAAGAAGGAAAUGAGAGGGAGGGGGAGAAGAAGGAAAUGAGAGGGAGGGGGAGAAGAAGGAAAUUGUAGGGGGGAGAAGGCAAUGAGAGGGAGGGGGAGAAGAAGGAAAUUGGAGAGGGGGGAGAAGAAGGAAAUUUGAGAGAGGGGGGAGAAGAAGGAAAUUGGAGAGAGGGGGAGAAGAAGGAAAUUGGGGGGGGGGAGAAGAAAAUUGACGGGGGUAGGGGGAGAGAUUGACAUCCAUCACACACACACACAAUGCACCCCUUGCACACAGAAAAACACACAAUGCAUUACACACAAACACACAUACACAAGCAAUGCAUCCCUUACACACAGCAACACACAAUGCACCCCUUAAACACACUCAAUGCAUCCCUUACAGAUGCACACACUGCAUCCCAUACAUACACCCACCACACACACACACAGAUCCACACACCCACUGUGAACAAACUCAUUGGUGGAACAUGAAGGUGGACCCUGGGACCCAGACCUCAAAAAAAUGGAGCUGCUUCCCGUUGAUCCCAGAACAUUGAUUUGUGUGACCAAAGUUACAAACCGCCUCCAGAGAGCCUGUUCUACACCAGACCAGUGGAGCCAGACGACAGCUAGAGCCCAUCAUCAUCUUCAUCUGGUUGUAAGUAGGCAAUCUAGUACAUUAUUCGUGGCACUAAUCUCUAAUUUACCUCACAUUAAAGGGACACUAUAGUCCCCAGAACCACUACAGCUUAAUGUAGUGGUUCUGGUGUCUAGCCUGUCCCUGCAGGCCUUUUAAUGUAAACACGGCGGCACUGCAGCACUGGUGUUAGUUAACAUGGCAGAUCAUAUGAGUGGGGCAUUGUGAUGUCACAAGGGGGGGCGGCAAACUUUACUUUUGCCUAGGGCGGCAAAAAUCCUUUCACCGGCCCUGCAGACACUGCAUUCCUGUGGGCGGACUCGGGGGGGGGGCAGCACUUUGGGCGGACUCGGGUGCAGGCACCGGGGGGGCCCAGACCGGGGGGGCCCAGACCUUGAUGGCAGCCCUGAGCAGCUUACCUUUAUCCAGCGCCGGGCUCCUUCGGCGCUGGUGACCUCUCCUCCCCCGCCGACGUCAGCUCCCGAGUGGAGCGGAAUGCACAUGUGUAGCAAGUGCCGCGCGCACAUCCAUCAGUCCAUAGGAAAGCAUUAGUCAAUGCUUUCCUAUGGACGUUCUGCACACUGGAUGUGAAUUUCGCAUCCAGCAUCGCAGAUGCCACUAGAGGUUGGAUUAACCCUGCUAUGUAAACAUAGCAGUUUCUCUGAAACUGCUAUGUUUACAUGUAAAGGGUAAAAACCUGAGGGACCUGCCACCCAGACCACUUCAUUGAGCUGGGUGACUAUAGUGUCCCUUUAAUGUAUUUACUGCAUUAAUAGCAUUCCCUUACCCCCAGUUGGAUUAUUAUGACAUUUACUAAAGCUUUAAUAUACAUUUAAAGAAAAUAAAGCAUUGUUUGAGAAAAAAAGUAAAAACGGGUUGUAGGUGAUUUUCAAUGUUUUAUUAAAGGACCACUAUAGUGCCAGGAAAACAAACUAAUUUUCCUGGCACUCUUUAACCAAUACACAAUACCAUGGCAAUGAUCCACACAGCAUUGCGCGGGAGGACAGGAAAGCUGCUUCCCAGACACAUACUUACCACCAGCCAACCACCAGGGAUGGCUCUGUCCCCCCUCCUCCACUUAAUAUAGCUUUUUUUUUAUUUUAUUUUUUUAUGUAUCUUUAUCCCUACCCCCCACACACAGCACCCCUACCCCUUCCACACACAGCAUCCCUACCCCCCCACGCACCUCAUCCCUACCCCCCAGCACUCACAGCACCACUACCCCCCCACGCACCUCAUCCUUAUCCCAGCACACACAGCACCCCUACCCCACACACAACAACCCCCACAAACAGCACCCCUACCCCCACCCCCACCCCAGCACACACAGCACCCCUACCCUCCCACACACAACAACCCCACAAACAGCACCCCUACCCCCAAUCCCCCCACCCCCACAGCACCCCCAGCACCCCUACCCUCCCACACACACAACAACCCCCACAAACAGCACCCCUACCCCCACCCCCACAGCACCCCCACACACACACAUUAGGCACCCCUACCCCCACACACACACAGCACCAUUACCCCCACACACAGUAUAUUCCUACCCACCCCCACACACACACACACACACAUUAGCACCCCUACCCUCCACAUUGGUCCACAGUAAUCAAGUACCCCCUCACACACACACUCCUACCCCUUCACAUCAAGACCCCUACCCCCACACACACACAGUGCUAGCACCCCUACCCUACCACACACACACACACAACACACACUCUCUACCUCCCCAGAGCACCCUUACCACUAACACACAUACACACUCCCUUACCCCCCACACAUCACCCUUAUCCCCCACACAGCACCCCUUACCUUCACCCACACACACACACAGUAUCCCCACUUCCACACACAGCACUUACCCCCCCACACACACACACAGCACUCCUCCCCCACACACAGCACCCCUCCCACACUCCACACCCUUACAAACAAACACAUACACUGCGCCCCUCAAUGCAGUAUGUGUUUUCAAUGUUUCAAUGCUUUCCUAUGGACGCUGGCGUUUUCUCUAAAACUGCUAUGUUUACAGCUGCAGGGUUAACCCUAGAUGGACCUGGCACUCAGACCAUUUCAUUGAGCUGAAGUGGUCUGGGUGCCUAUAGGCAGUGGCGUACUAAGGGGGGGGUGGAGGGGGCGGUCCGCCCCGGGUGCCACCAGGGUGGGGGGUGCCAUGGCCAGCCCUGCCGGCCCCCCCAUGCUGCAGCCGCCCGAGCGCUCUGUAGAGAGCCUCAGGCGGCUGCAUCUUUGCCCGGGCGGUGCGUCCAUGAGGGCGGACCGCACCGCCCGGGCGCAACCUGAGGAGAGGGGCUGACAGGAGGGAAGCGCUCCCUCCUGUCACUCCUUCCCUGUAGCGUGGCCGAGCCCUGUAUAGUCGGCGGGUACAGGGAGCAUCUGUCUCCUGUACCCGGCCGGACUAACAGGAAGUGCACACAGUGUGUGCACUUCCUGUUAGUCCAGCCGGGUACAGGAAACAAAAGCUAUACUGGGCUCGGCCACGCUACAGCAAAGGUAGGGGGGAUGAGAAAGAGAAAGGAGGGGGGGAUGAGAAAGAGGAGAAAGGGGGGGUGAGAAAGAGGAGAAAGGGGGGGGGUGAGAAAGAGGAGAAGGGGGGGGUGAGAAAGAGAGAGAAGGGGGUGAGAAAGAGGAGAAGGGGGUGAGAAAGAGGGAGAGGGGGGUGAGAAAGAGGAGAAAGGGGGUGAGAAAGAGGAGAAAGGGGGAAAGGAGGUUGAAAAGGUGUGAGAGAGAAAUGGGGUGAGAGAAAGGAGGGGAUAUUAAUUGGGGGGUGUAUUAAUCUAUGGGGGGUAUAUUAAUUAUGGGGGGGUGUAUUAAUAAUGGGGGUGUAUCAAUUAUGGGGGGUGUAUUAUGGGAGAGUAUUAAUUAUGGGGGGUGUAUAGUAAUUAUGGGGGUGUAUUAAUUAUGGGGGAGUAUUAAUUAUGGGGGUGGUGUAUAUUAAUUAUAGGGGGUGAAUUAAUUGUGGGGGGUGAAUUAAUUAUGGGGGUGAAUUAAUUAUGGGGUGGAUUGGAGUGGAUAUGGGGGGUGUAUUAAUUAUGGGGUGUAUUAAUUAUGGGGAUUAAUUACGGGGUGGAUUAAUUAUGGGGUGGAUUAAUUAAGGGGAAUUAAUUAUGGGUUAAUUAAGGGGGGUGGAUUAAUUAUGGGGGUGUAUUAAUUAAGUGGGGUGGAUUAAUUAAGGGGGGAUGGAUUAAUUAUGGGGGUGGAUUUAUUAGUGUGGAUUAAUUAUGGGGGUGGAUUAAUUAUGGGGGAGUGGAUUAAUUAAGGGGGUGGAUUAAUUAGUGUGGGUAUCAAUUAAGGGGGGUGGAUUAAUUAAGGGUGUGUUGAUGAAUUAGUGUGGCUUAAUUAAGGGGUAUGGAUUAAUUAAGGGGUAUUGUUUAAUUAAGGAGUGUGGAUUAAUUAAAGAAAACCUUUAACAUUUUUUACAGGUUUUUUUUUUUUUUUUUUUUGGGGUGGGGUGGGGGUGCCAAGCACAGGAUCCGCCCCGGGUGCCAAAUGCUCUAGGUACGCCCCUGCCUAUAGGGGUGCUUUAAAAUGUGUAAAUACCAAAAAAAUGACAGCCCGUAAAACAUUUCAUAAUUUAUUACAUGAUCACUUCUAUUAUAAAAAAUUUAAAAAAAAAGGACCACAGUGUACAAAGAUGAGACUAGCUUACAGUAAAGCAAAUAAUUAACUAGUUUAUUAUGGAUAAAACAUGGCCUUUUAUGUAAGAAAGGACAAACCAAUGGGUUCUCCUUGGUAAAUGCAGGUUUAGAAUAAGGAACUGUAAUUCAUUACAUUUUAUUUAAAUUCAUUAAUGAAAAGGAGAACGUAGCUGGAACAGAGGAUGACCUACAUGGAGCUGUGGUGACUAUCCCUACUGUAACGUAAUUAAUUUGCUCCUGGCAGCCAUCACAAAGUUUAACUGCAUCUGCAUCUCUUAAUUUAUACAAACUUGGAAAAUGAAAGAAGACAUAUACUUGCCAUUUCUCCACUAAAUAAAAACAACUUUUAAAUUAGACAUAUAUUCUUCAACAUUCAGUACAUUUUAAAGGAACAUUACCUAUCCAUAUUGACGAAUACUCUUCCAUUUAUUUCAUUAAAAUGAUUCAUUUAGUAAAUAAACCAGGUAACAUUGUCACUUUUGAUUCUACUACUUUAUUAGUAUUGGCAAGUACUAAGGGACAAAUUUACUAACUGCUAAUCUGACACAAAGUGGUAAAUGAGGAGCAAUCACCAUGGAAACCAAGACCCUCACUAGUAAAGGAUUAAUGUGUUGAAAAAAUUCCUGCUUGAUCUAUGCCACAAACAAGAGUGGGCAUUAAAAUGAUAUUGCUUGCUCUGGGUACACUUAUCCACAAUAUAAUAAAGACUACAUGCGGAUCAGGCUGAUAAUAAGUAGCUUAGGGACGUUAAAAAUAAUGAAUUCGGGGAUGGGGGGAGCGAGGGACCACCAGAUCUGCCCAAGUAUAGGACUAUAUGACUUGUGUUCCAAACGAACAGCACAGAGUUCUGUCAAUCUUACACGGGGCGUGGUCAUUGGCUGAGCGGAAGCAAACUGUGAUCAUAUGACGUUAGUCACGUGAUAAGGAUAUCAUGGAGCUUUGAGGAGGUGAGUGUUCCUUCCUACCUUGAGAUGUACUGUUACAUUGUAUCAGACCCAGGAGGAAGUGACUUUUUUUUUAUAUAUAUAUAUAUAUAUAUGAACAGCAUUUUAUUAGUAGUAGCAGCAGUAUAUUAUUUAUAUAGACUGGUCCAGCUAUUGCCUGUGUAUUGAAAAAUCAUGUACUCUGUUUACAAGAAGGCAUGCAAUCUCCUAUCACUAUAUCAUAUUCUCUUCUUAAUGGCCACUGUUUAUUUUCCCUACAGGAAUAAUCGUUAAGUUAAGAAUGUUUACAAUAGUCACUAGUGACUAAAAUGAGAAUACUCACAUGUCUUCCUUGGCUACUGAAAAUGAGUGUAAGAAUGAUAUCCAAAUUGUAUGAACUUCUAUGCAAGUUGUAUAUUGUUACAUAUAAUAUAUAUAAAUGUUAUUAUAUUGUUAUUUAUUGGCGCAGCAUGUUAAACUGGUGCAUGAAUGUAGAUAUUCAUUAUAAAAAGGGUUUUAUUUAAUAAUCUUUAAAUGUGUAUUCACAUUUAACAAAGUUUAGAAAAUUGCAAUUUGGCUUGUUAUUGGUAUUUUGGGUGCACAGAUUGGUCCCUUUUAAGGUAAUUGAGCGAAGAGGAUUUAUCUUGGGCCACACGUAAAAUAUAUACUGUAAUUAAUAUAAUAUAGCUUCAAAAUACCUUUUUUAGUUUUGAUAUUUCAUUUGUUUCGUAAAUAACUCCCUCAUUUGUUAACCCCAUAUGGGAUCGCCAUAUUUAAUGAUACCGAACCAGGGACACACACACACACACACACCCCUAUAACCAUAGAUAUACAUACACACAAUCACAGACUUAUACACUUACUCGCUGUAACAGGCAGACAUUUACAUAAACACAUUACUGGCAUGCACAAACAAGAAUUACAUUAAUACACCUACCUACCUUGCACUGUGAGGGCUGAAGUGCAUCCUCUGCGGUGAUGGGAUCACUGUGCUAAUCCUGCAUAGGUCUCUCACAAGGAAGCUAUGCAAAAAGAGCACAAUAAGUAAUGGGCUCCCUCACCGUCCAGGAGCUCAGGCGGCAACUGGGCCACAUGUGGACUGCAGGCUGGACACUCCUGCUUUAAAGGGACAUGAUCACUCAGAACACUUCAUCUCAAUAAAGUGGUGUGGAUGCAGUGUCCUUGUCCUUUUAAAUUAUUGCAAAAUAAGUUCUUUACUUACCUGGAAUGCAGCUCCAGGUGAAGCUCCUGGAGCUGUCAUCCACGCCUCCACCUGUUUUUACCAAGGUGCCUCAUGCAGUCCAAUCACAGACUCAGAGUGCAUGCAGAGGAAGGGAAGGUAUGAGGACGGAGGGCAGGAGAAAAAAAACUUUAAAAAAGUAUAUUGAUGGCAGGAGGGCUCAGAAAAGCUGUACAUACAGAUUCCUAUCACCAUGACCACUGUACUCUUCCCAUCUCAACAAAGCUGUCUGGAUGCCAUGUUUCAACCAUGCAGCUGAAACCAUUGCUGUUCUACAGGAAGCAUUAGGUUAAAAUUAUCCAAAGAGGUGGAGCAGAACGCCAGAGACUAGCACUGAGGGGGAGAAAAGGUAAAUAAAAUCACUGUUUUAGCCCUGAAAAUGCAGCAGGACCAGUUCACGUAAAUGUUGACUAGAGCCCUGUAGUUGAAGGAAUACACAUAUGUAUUCCUAAUGCUUUAGUGUUUCUUUAAGAGCACAUCUAGACUUGCUUCCACAGUAAUGACUGCGUAAAACUCAGUGCUUUCUUAUGGGGAUGUUUGAAUGCUCAAGCUGUGCUUGCCUCUGAAGAGCAUUGGUUUGGACAUCGGCAGAGGAGGCCAUGCCUCCUACAUGACAUCACAGGAGGAGGAUAUGUAAUCAGCACCAAGAGAGUUCUGGCACUGGGAAAAAAGUAAGUCUUUUAUUUAUUAAAAUUUUCAUCCACCUGGAGGGGGUGGGAACUAAAUAAUAGUAGGGACACUAUAGCAUUAUAACACUAUAGCGUCCCUUUAAACACUAACUUGAUGUAUCUGCUUUACUUGGAAUCUGAUAGGCUUACUGCUGCUGCUGGUGGGGGGGUGGUCCGCCCCGGGUGCCACACACUAGGGGGGUGCCCGGGGCAGACUGUGUAGGGUCCUGGGUCACUGCCUGAGGACCCGACACCAGGAGGGGGCCCGGCGGCUUGCUCGAUAUGAAGCCGUUGAGAUGCCCCUCCUGCUCCCAUCGCAGACACUGGUCUGCAGCUCCACAGUGUGCAGAGCUGCAGACAAUGUGUCUCGCGAGAUCUCAUCAACCCGAGCGUUGCCGCGGGUUACCACGUUCUGACUGUGUCUCGCAAAAUUCAUGGUUUGCAACUCUGUGGAGCUGCAGACCGGAUAUUAUGGCCAUUGGACCACCAGGGAAUUAAGGUAUUUAGUCUCCCCCAUGACCCCUCUUCCCCUCGUCAUCGCCCGCCCUUCCCCUCGUAAUAAUAAUGGAAGAUCCUGCAUACAUGAGCAAAAUUCCUAGAGUCAGCCAUUCACAGAUGACUGCUGGAAGACUUAUAAGUAGAUAUAUUAGUUAAAGGGACACUAUAGUCUCCAAAACAAGUUUAGAGUAAUGAAGCAGUUUUGGUAUAUUGAUCGUGCCUCUGACGUUUCACUGCUCAAUUCACUGCCAGUUAGGAGUUAAAUUACUUUGUUUCUGUUUGAGCAGGACUGCUGGGAAUUCAAAGUAAAUUUCAAAUAUAAAAGGACACUAUAGACACCAGAACAACUACAGCUUAAUGUAGCGGUUCUGGUGUCUAUAGCAUUUCCCUGCAUACUCGGCACUCUCAAUUGCUGCUGAGUAACACAUCUAGUGGCUAUGACUCAGACAGCCACUAGAAGGGACUUCCUGGGUUAGGUUCAGCGGCUCUACAUGGAGACAUUGAUUCAAUGAAUGUCUCUGAUUGUCACAGAAUUGUUUUUUGCUGUACAUACGCAAGAGCCUCUCAUCAAGAUUGAUCUUAGCCAUGGAGGCAAGAGCAGCUGUGGAGAGACAAGCGUGGCGAUAAAGAAAAGGUCAUUUAAAUACCUAACUAAAUAGGUAGUUUAGCACUAUAGUGUUAGGAAUACAUGUUUGUGUUCCUAACACCAUAGAGUUCAUUUAAGGCCAAAAUAGCCAAACUGGAAGUAUAGUUGACUUGGAGAAUUUAUCACUUUAAAUUCCAAAAAUUCUCUUUAGUGGAUAGCCCUGUUGGGGUUGUGGAAUUGGGGUCAGUAAAGAGUAAGAAGUCUCGUGGUAAUGGCCUGUCCAAGUUCACGGAGGGUAGUGAAGCUUCAUAAUCUGUGUAACCACGUACAAGUCAUUUCUGGGGUCUAGCUUAUUAGAUACUGACUAUGACCUUGUUAGUAAAGGUGAAACAGCAGAUAAGAUAUGUUACUUGUUCUUUGAAUUUCUGGCCAUAACCAAGUGUGUUAUUAUUUAUAAGUGCCAACAAAUUCUGCAAUACUGUACAAUAAGUUAACUAACAAAUCAGUAUUUGCAACAACACAAGGUGGAUGUACAGUAACAGAAGGUGCUGAGGUCCCUGCUCAAACAAGCUUGCUGUCGGAAACACGAUUCAGGAGGGAUGGAGAGAGAUUGGGACAAGACAGAUUUGCAUGUCCCUUGUGCAGAAGUGAUAUUGAAAGCCAAAGGAGCUCAUUAGUUUAUAUUAGUUAUCAGAUAUCAUGGUGAAGAAAGAGUAUCUGCAAACAAGCAAAUGUAAAUGAGACACACAUUAGAAAUACACAAUAUCAGUGAACAAGCCAGGUCAGACAUUUGCGUUCUGUGCAACUGCACCACACUUACACUAGGACAGCAGUGUUGGCUUACAGUUAUGUGUAAGGACAAUUAUCCAGAAGCGGCAUUGUCCAUCCCACAUGAAUGCAUAUCUGCUAUACAUAAGGUAUUGUGUGCAUGCUGGCAUUUCUUCACAUCCAUUGUGCAUGACAUACACAACAAAGGUGUUCUAUACUGUACAAUAUAUAGCACAGCCUCUUCCGCAUCAACCUCUUCAUGAUGAAAUGGCCUAAAUUAAAUGUUUGUCUGUUAUGUUUACUACUUAUAGUCAGUACUCACAAUCAUUACAUAAUCUUGUAUCUCUGUCAGUGCUUUAAGAAUACCACUAAUAAGUGUGUGCGUGCUUGCUUUUAAUAUUUAAUGUAUUCAUUAUUUCUAUUACGAGUCUGAAACGGUCUGUACUCUUUCAACUUGACUAUAAUCAACUUGUUUUACUAUUUCUGUCAGGUAUCAUGUCAUACCCCCCCUUCAUUCUGCACCUCAUAAAAUCCACCCCCUCGCAAAUCAUUCUUCUCCUCAUCACGUUUUUGCUCACCUCCCAAUAAUCAGCUGUAGUCGUUAAGUGUUCUGGCUCUAGAUCUGAUUACUUGCUUCUAAUUGCAUCUCAUUUCCUUGGCCUUGGGGAAUGCUCCUAUUUAUAGCAGAAUAUUACACCUUUACAGCUCUGUUUAAUGUACUAUUUUUGCAGGUGUUAGAAGUGCAGUAACUUGGAAUGCCUGCUCUAUCUGCAGGGGGCGCUGUCACGAUGCCUCAGAAGUCUUCCCAGGAGAUUCAUCCCUUCUCCGUUCCACUUAUCCAGCCAGAUCUUCAAAGAGAAGAGACCAUCCAGCAGAUUACGGAUACACUGCAGCAUUUGCAGAGUGUAGCCAAUGAUAUCUUCAGCAGGUGAUCUUUGUUGUUUAGGAAGAUGUCUUUCUGUUGCCAUUUCCUUCCUCCUUAUUAAUAAGUUUUAAAAGCCUGGGAUGAGUGAAGGGAUUCCCCAGUCCCACAGUACUUAUUAACCUGACUAAAAUCUCACGUGUGUAUGUGAAAACAGGUUGUGCAUUGGGGAGAAUUAUUGAUUCUGUGCUUGAAACCACUUCAGACAUUUUGGGGAUUGUAACUUGCAGUUAUAAGUCUUCCUGUCAAUGAGCAGAUUUGCAGUGAUUGAUGAAAUGGUAGCAAACAGGUUUGCAUAUGUUUGAGUACCCGUACCUGCAGUGUAGUUAUGCCCUGGGGAGCAAUAUUACUGUGUUUCUAAGAUACCAGGAAGACAGUGAAAGCCUACUUUACCUAUAGGCAUAGUACCUGAUUGUCGUUGUACUCAUAGGACAGGAAAUACCUGAAAUACCUUGUGGGGAGCAUAGUAGUUGUCUGUGAAUUGACCAUGCAGGGAGCACUGUUUGUGUGUGCAUUGGCACCAUUUAGCGUGGCUAAGGCAGUGUGUAGGCCAUUUCUUUCAACGUCAUAUUGUAAAGAGGGGCAGUUUUGCUUUCGGGAGUGUACUUGAAGGUGUGCUCUGGGGUUUGGGGUGCAGGACUGCUCGAGGAAUAUCUAUGUAACUAUACCCAUCCUAGUACCAUUAAUCCCACUUUGAAUGGCAUUAAGAUGCUUCUAUAUAGCAACAAUAGCAAUUGAGCCAUUACACAUAAGAUGAAGUACAUUGCUCGUAUAAACAUUGUUUGUUUGUUGGUAGCAAACCUGUUUAAAAUGACAGGGGAAGACAACCUUCUGCCUCAAUAUUAUCAUUUUUUUUUCUCUCAUUACAAGAAGGGGAUGGGUUAGGAGAAUGAGCUGGAAAUAAGAGACAUAUUCAGACUUAUUUGUGGGAAUAAGUGGAGGAAAGUCAAGAAAGAUGAAAGAAUAGAAGAAACAAAAGAAACAAGGAAGACCUCCCUAAAGCCAGGGAUUCCUGAUCUUGUAAAACUAAGAGCCUAAACAUAAAGCCAACAAAUUGAUUGUAUAUGCAAAUUAAUUUCAUUACAGUACAGCGCUGAUGUUUAGUUAUAUACACCACCAGAGGUGUAACUAGAAACCAUGGGGCCCCGGUGUGAAAAUUGCCCUGCCACCCCCAGCCCCUUAGCCCCUCCAUGUGUCUCAUUCACGCCCCACAGGGUUAGUGUGACAUGAUUAUGACUGGAUUGGAGCGGCUAAUGAGAUAGGGUGGAGGGGGAUUACAUGAUUGUAGGGGGGGGUGACAGUAAGAGCGAAGGUGAGUGUAAUAGGGUGAAUAUGGCAGAGCGAUGGGAGGUGAGUAUGGCAUGGGUGAGUGACUGGAUUGGUGGAGUUAUUGUGAGUGUGGCAGGGUGAAGGGGGGGAUGACAGUGUGUGUGGUGGGGUGACAGUUACACAGACACACCCGUGCAUACGCUGACACACAUGCAGAUAAACAAACACAUACUGACAUAAAUGCAGAUACACACUAUAUAACACAUACAUAUACACACCAACUAACACAAAGAUACAUAUAUAUAUAUAUAUAUAUAUGUGUGUAUCUUUGUGUUAGUUGGUGUGUAUAUGUAUGUGUUAUAUAGUGUGUGUCUGUAUGUAUGUGUAUCUAUUUGUCUGCGUAUGCCCUGUGUGUAUGUGUGUGUGUGUCACUGUUUGUAUCUAUAUAAGUGUCAUUCUGUGUAUUUGAAUGUUUGUCCAUCUGCAUGUAUGUCUGUGUGUAUAUGUAUAUAGUGUGUGUGGUGGGGUGACAGUUACACAGACACACCCGUGCAUACGCUGACACACAUGCAGAUAAACACAUACUGACAUACAUGCAGAUACACACUAUAUAACACAUACAUAUGCACACAAACUAACACAAAGAUACAUAUAUAUAUAUAUAUAUAUAUAUAUAUGUAUAUGUAUAUAUGUAUAUGUAUGUAUCUUUGUGUUAGUUUGUGUGUGUGUGUGUGUGUGUGUGUAUAUAUAUAUAUAUAUAUAUGUGUGUAUAUAUAACACAUACAUAUACACACAAACUAACACAAAGAUACAUAUAUAUAUAUAUAUAUAUAUAUAUGUAUAUGUAUGUAUCUUUGUGUUAGUUUGUGUGUGUGUGUGUGUGUAUAUAUAUAUAUAUAUAUAUAUAUAUAUAUAUGUGUGUAUAUAUAACACAUACAUAUACACACAAACUAACACAAAGAUACACAUAUAUAUGUAUCUUUGUGUUAGUUUGUGUGUAUAUGUAUGUGUUAUAUAGUGUGUAUCUGCAUGUAUGUCAGUAUGUGUUUGUUUAUCUGCAUGUGUGUCAGCGUAUGCAGGGGUGUGUCUGUGUAACUGUCACCCCACCACACACACUGUCAUAUAUAUAUAUACAUAUAUACACUAUAUACAUAUACACACAGACAUACAUGCAGAUGGACAAACAUUCAAAUACACAGAAUGACACUUAUAUAGAUACAAACAGUGACACACACACACAUACACACAGGGCAUACACAGACAAAUAGAUACACAUACAUACAGACACACAGACAGACACCUAUCCAAACACAUACUGACUCCCUCCUCUCCUUCCUCCUGCGCAGCUCUGUAUGGAAGCUGGGAGGAGUGACCGGGGCAGUCACAUCCUCCCAGCUCUGAUGUCAUGACAGGGGGCCCGGUCUCACUGCUAAAGCACCACAGCGCUGACCGGACCCUGUUAAUAUUUUGCCAUCGGUUGGCCCUAACAGCAUUGGCCACCCAAUUGGCCCCUGAACGUGCAGCUCCAGCUGUUCUACCGCAACACAUGGUGGUGGGCACUCGGUCGCAGGGGUCCACAGUGUGGCCGGACCCCCUGGUGUGGCGGGCCGGGUUGCAGCUGCGACCACAGUAGUUCCGCCACUGUACACCACACACUAGUGGGGAACAAUAAUGUGGUCAGAGAAGAUGUCCUGUCUUAAGAAAGACACCCUUUUGUUGUGUAAUCAACACUUUAUAUCUGUGAAGAAGAGGUGUGGCUAUUCCUGUCUUUCUGUGUUUAGCUAAGUGGUAUUUUAUUGGUAUUUUCAUAGGUGAAUGCAGUGGUUCCCAAGCCAGUCCUCAAGGCACCCCUACCCGUCCAGAAUUUAGGGAUUACCGAGUUGUGUCUAAGGUAUUGUGAUAUUUGGUUUUCUCUAAAAAUACACCUUAGACACAACUGGGUAAUCCCCAAAUCCUGUUAGGGGAGUCUUUAGGACUGGCUUGGGAACCACUUAAUGUAUCUAAUUUGGCAGAGCUAUGUUUGUGUUUCCUGAAGCCUUAUGUGUAGUAAGAUCGUUAUUUCUCCACAGGAUUGUACAGCGGGUGGAAACCAACCAGCACCAACUGCGGGCAAUAAAUGAACGAGUGAACCUAGCCCAGGCAAAGAUAGAGCGAAUUAAAGGUAGCAAGAAAGCUAUAAAGGUGAGCUCAAAAUAUUUUGGUUACUAAUCAAACCUCCUAACCAGUUAUGAAACUAGAUCUAAAGCUUCAACUAUAAGUCAAGUGAACAGUCAAACAGACAAAGUGAAGUGGAAAAAAGAUGCUCUGUGCAAGUUGGUAAAGUGUUUAUUUUUAUUUAGUUUUAUAUUUAUAAAAAAUGUUUUUAAAAAAUAAAUAUAUAUAUAUAUAUAUAUAUAUAUUAGUGUUGUAGGUUGACAAUAUUUCAUUAAAGGAGCACUAUAGGGUCAGGAACACAAACAUGUAUUCCUGACCCUAUAGGGUUAAAACCACCAUCUAGCCACCCUCCCUCAUGCCUCCCUAAAUAUAGUAAAUCUUACUUGUAUUCAAGUCUGCAGCUGCAUGCUUUGUGCCUGUUUCCUUUAGACCUGGUGGUUGUAUGAUUCUAUCACAAUGCUUCCCCAUAAGAUUGGCUAAGACUGACUAAGAGGCAGAUCUGGGGCAAAGCCAGCACAAUUCAAACACAGCCCUGGCCAAUCAGCAUCUCCUCAUAGAGAUGAAUUGAAUCAAUGAAUGUGGAAAGUUCAGUGUCUGCAUGCAGAGGGAGGAGAUACUGAAUGUUUGGAUGCAUUUUAGGCAGCCAUGACCCAGGAAGGAUCUCUAACAGCCAUCUGAGGAGGGGCCAGUGAAAUUAACACUAGGCUGUAAUGUAAACACUGCAUUUUCUCUGAAAAGACAGUUUUUACAGCAAAAAGCCUGAAGGUAAUGAUUAUACUCACCAGAACAAAUUCAAUAAGCUGUAGUUGUUCUGGUGACUAUAGUGUCCCUUUAAAUCAGGGCAACAAACACAUUUUUGCAGAUAUAAUUUCUCUGCUUGCUCCAUGUUUACAUGCACUCUACACCUCUUUCAUUUAUUAUAAUUUUUUUUUUUGCUCUUUUAUUUCCUCCCUCCCAACCUUUUUUUUUUUUUUUUGUAGGGCUACAAUGCUAGUUUUGGGCAAUUGACAGUAAAUUAAGUGGGUUUGUAGAAGAUCUAAUUCUCUGAUGGCCACCUUAUCAUUGCAGAUGUUUGGAGGCACAUCUUAGGAAAUUUAGUCUACAUGCAUCCACAGUGCCAUGGUUAAACCACCACUGCCCUAAAUCUUGCAACUCUCUAAUAAUUAAGUGAAUUCAUUCAGUCACCUUCUUCUCCUUCACCCAACUUACCUUUAUUGUUACUCCUAGGUGUUCUCAAGUGCCAAAUACCCUGCUCCAGAACGGCUUCAAGAGUAUAGCUCCAUAUUUGCUGGUGCUGAGGAUUUAUGGACAGAGAAGAGAGCUCGACACAAGAUACAGACUAAGCACCGGCCCCUGGAUGAGCAGGCCAUGUUGGUGAGUAUGACCCCUGGGAUUCUAUCUCAUGGAUAUCCUCACCUGGGAACUUUGUAAAUGAGCCAGCUGCAAGUCUCUUCAACAUAUUAAAGGGACACUAUAGUCACCAGAACAACUACAGCUUAAUGUAAUUGUUCUGAUGUCUAUGGCACAUUUUUUAUGUAAACACUGCCCUUUCAGAAAAAAAGGCAGGGUUUACAAUGUUGCUUACAGUGCUUAAGUGAUUACAUUGCUGCCUAGGGACACCUCCAGUGACCUCUACUCGGACAGCCACUAGAGGUGCUUCCUGGGUCAAUGCUGCACAGUGCGGUUCUGGAAAUAAGGCGAGUUAUUAUUACAUUUUAUAUACUCGUUUUCCUGGCACUAUAGUGCCCUGAGGGUGCCCCCACCCUCAGGGUCCCCCUCCCGCCGGGUUCUGGGGAGAGGAAAGGGGUUAAAACUUACCUUUCUCCAGCGCUGGGCGGGGAGCUCUCCACCUCCGAUCCUCCUCCUCUCCUUACAGUAUGUAUGUGGUUAGGAUGCUACUGCUCUGCACCAUUUCAAAAUGACUAUUUUCAAGGAACACUAUAGGGUUAGGAAUACAAACAUGUAUUCCUGACCCUAUAUUGUUAAAAACACAUACAGGGUCCUUAGCCCCACCUUAAAUGACUAGAAAUCUCACCUUUUUUCCAGCGCCGCUCGGGUCUGGCCCCACCCCUGAUCUGCCUCCUUGGCUGACUUUAUCAGAAUUGAUGAUCCCAGCCAAUCACAAUGUUUUUCCAUAGGAAGGAGGGGUGGGGCCAAAUGCCACCCUAGCCAAUCAGCAUUUUUUCAUACAGAUACAUCUUUAUGGGGAGCGUUCAGCGUUACCAUGCAAAGUGUGGAGAUGCUAAACAUUAGUGCUGCACACUAGAGGUGUUCAUAGGCUGUAAUGUAAGCCCUGCCUUUUCUCUGAAAAGGCAAUGUUUAUAUUUAAAAAGCCUGCAAGGACUGACAAGACUCACCAGAAGAACUAUGUUAAGCUGUUGUUGUUCUGGUGACUAAAGUGUCCCUUUUAAUAUAAAACAACAUAUAAUCUAUCUCACAAGCUUUCUUUUAAAAUAACUAUUACACUUUAUUUUACACAUUUUGCUACUUUAAUAGAAAAGCUAGCUUUGUUAGAGAUUGAAAUGGUGUAUCUUAGAAAUAUAGGCCGUGUGCUUUCCUCAGCCCUAGUAAAUAUAUUAAAGUAGUAAAAGUACGGUCUAUUUAACUGUUUUAAAAUGGUUUAAUAAUGCCUAUUUUGUCUGUUUUUGUUUUUUUUCUUAUGAGUGAAAGCGACUGUGAUUAUCUUUCUAAUCCAUGGAAAUUUGCCACUAGGUUCUUUUAAUCUUUUUGGAUUUCUGGUUGGUUGCUAAGCCAGCAGUAGAUUUAUGUUCCAGUGUUACUGAAUAUUCGUUGAUGGCAAAUGUCCUUCUAAUGCUCUUUAUUUUCAUGGCAAAUGCUCCUCUGCAAUACUCUUACAAUAUUUUAAUUCUUCUUCAGUGUUUGUGUGUAUUAAUCAGAAGCUAUGAAUAUAAAUCAGGGUUAUGAUAUUUUUAUGCCCUCACAAUAAUUGCAACUUUAAGUUGUGAUAAAACUGUUUGGAUAUGGUGAAACACGCCAAUAUUAAGAUAUAAAAUCUAACUUUUAUUGUAACCCUUAAAAUGAUCAAAAACAAGGAGAUAUAUAUAUAUAUAUAUAUAUAUAUAUAUAUAUAUAUAUAUAUAUAUAUAUAUAUAUAUAUAUAUAUAUAUAUAUAUAUAUAUAUAUAAAAAAGCUGGAGGGUUAAAAACAAACCCUAUGUAUCCAGUAAAUUAGUAUAGGUUCAAAAAACUAACAGUUUAAAGGUUCACUCUUGCAUAGUAAUAGAUGUACGAUUUUAUAAUGAGAAAAGGGUGCGUUCCAUUCAAAUAUAUUAUGAAAGUCCACAACUAUAUCGGGUUAAUAAAUUGAUCAUGUGCCAGGGAUAAUUGUAUCUAAAGAAAUAACCAAACGUUUAGAACAAUGACAUAUAAAGUAUCAAUCUCCUACUGUAUUUAAUCAGAUUAGCCUUUGUAACAUAGUAUUCGUUUUGAGGUAUGACAGGGAAGGUGCAUAUGUCGGCUGUUCCCUGCACUUGUCUGAAAAUAAAGGAAAGAUUUCUAGUCCCUAUUUAUUUUACAGCCGGCACAUGUUCCCUCCAUGUCAGGAGCCCAUAUAAAUCCAAUGAUUGGGGUGUCAAACAACAAAGUCAAACAAUUUGAGGUAUUGCGUCCAGGAAAAAUCCUCCAACCAGUAAUACCUAAGGUCUUCACUCAACACGUUUCACCCUGCAGCCAUCGCUGGGAUCAUUAGGAGUACUAAGUAACAGCCCCAUUAUAGAUGGCAUUAACCCCUUAAGGGCACAUGAAGGAAAUAUUCCGUCAUGAUUCCUUUUUAUUCUAGAAGUUGUGUCCUUAAGGGGUUAAGGAAACUUUCAGAAAAAAAAAAUUAAAAAAAAUAUAAAAAGUGUGAGAUACUUGAAAUCUCUUGGAUCACUGUUCAUUCAGCACAAUCAAUGUUUGUGUGAAAAUCUGGAUGACCGUUCUCAUCAAGCUUGGUUUACUUAUUGAAACAAAUCUACUGGAACAUUUCCAGUAGAAACUAUUUCACGGACCAUAAUGGUUGAUGACAGGAGAGAAAAUCUAUUUUGUAGGAAUACACGCAACCUUCUUACAUUAUAGUUUAACGUUUCUAGAAGCAAAAUCAGGCACUCUCACAAAUGUUCACAUGCAUCUAGAUAGAUACUAUCUAAAUAGGGAUCAUGAUAUUUGGAGAUGAGAGUUCAUCUUUACCAUCAUUCUUUGUUUUUUAUUUUUGUUCUCCAGGAGAAGCUGAAAUAUCACCCACUGUAUGUUAACACAAAAGCUAAAGAAGAGGAAAGUGCAGAGGAUGGUUUAGGAAGCCUGCCUCGGAACAUCAAUUCGGUCAGCGCUCUGCUUCUCUUCAACACAAAUGAGAACCUGUAAGUGUGCUAUGGAGAUGGAAAAUAGAAGAAAGCCACAAUCCCCUGACUCCUUUAUGCUGAGUGUUCUAUAAAUAAAUGAGCUUUUUACUCAAAGCAAUAUUACAUUAUAUUAUUACACCAUAUUCUGAAUAUCUGGUUGAGCAAUUACAGCCUUCAAGACAUUUCAACUACUCGGCCUACAGGAAAACGAGGAAUUUUCAUUACCAGUUGUAAGACAGGUCCUUGUGGGAUACUUUACAUUUGGCCCUUGUAAAUACUAAAAAUAUUGUAGCCAUUUAUGCUGUAGAAAACAAUAUGGGAGGCAAAGAUAUGGGGAAGUAAGAAGUAGCAAGGCACAGGAAGACUCCUUACUUAUAGCACUAUAUUGGAGCUAAAUAAACUAAAUUUAAAAGCUGCUCAUAGCAUAAAAUUGUGUAAAUAUGUAAUUUUAUUCCAUAGGCAAAUUCCCCUCACACAUUAAAAAAAGCACUGAUAAAUCAAGUGAAAAUUCAGCCUUUACAUUAAAACCGUGAACUGUGUGUGGUUUUUUUUUUUGUGUGGGGGGGUUAAUGUAAAAGCUGAAUUUUUACUUGAUUUUAUCAGUGCUUUUUUAAUGUGUGAAGGGAAUUUAUUUGCCUGUGUUGUGUUUUUUCCGUUUUAUCGUUUUUUACAUCAUGUACAAUAGUGGCUACAGUAUUUUUUGCAUUGACAAGAGUUAUUUUCUAUUGUUGCUUUUGGACGAAGAGAAGAGAGGUUUCUCUGGGAGUGCAGGAAAUUGGUAAAAUAAUUGAUAUAUAUGAAUGCAUAUACUUUUCCCUGUAUGUGCAAUUUAUGCAGUGCCUGAAAAAACAUGUCUAGUUUGCUUAGUAUAAUUGUGGAAUUCACAAUGAAACAAUUUUCUUACAACUUCUUACAUUUAAAAUGUAUUUAUUUUUUUCUCCAGAUAUCGGAAGUAUGUAUUUCUGGAUCCGCUAGCUGGUGUUGUGAGUCGGACUAACCCAGCUUUGGAAGGAGAGGAUGAGGAGAAACUCUUUGAUGCACCUUUCUCAAUCAGCAAACGAGAGCAGUUGGAGCGGCAGGUGAGGGGAUCAGGAGAGACGUGUUAUGUGAUUCAGUCCCAGUCAGAUAUAUUUUAUCUUACACCAGUUUUUCAGCUUUUAUUUUUUUAUUAUUAUAGGAGCCACUGGAAACUGGAUUGUUGUGAGCUCUCCUAUCUACAACUAUUAUAAGAGUAUCUCUUUUUGCAGACUGCAGAGAAUUACUUUUACGUACCAGAUUUGGGGCAAGUUCCUGAGAUAGAUGUUCCCUACUACUUGCCAGAUCUGCCUGGGGUAGCUGAUGAUCUCAUGUACAGUGCAGACCUUGGACCAGGUAUUGCUCCUUCAGCUCCAAGUGGUCCUAUUCCUGAACUUCCGACCUUCAAUACAGAGGAAACUAUUGAACCUUUGAGACCAGGUACAAUUUAAUCUCUGGGGACCACUGAAUAAAGAUGUAUAGCAAUUAACAAAAACAAGUUAAUAAUAUUUCUUUUCCUUUUCAUUUUCCCCCCCCAAAAUAUUUCUAGUACUGGUAGAUGGACAUGAGUAAGAGUCCACAUUGAACACCUGCAGUAUUUUAGGUGUGGGAGGAGCAGGAAAGGGGUGGGUGGCAAAUCAAGGUUUUGGAAAAUAAUUUUGAUUAGGUGGCAUUGGCUAGAUACUAGUGAGAGCAAUAUCAACGUAUAGUCUUAUGGAAAAAUCUAAUGUUUGUUUGUAGAUACACAUGAUGGGCAACUACUGCCACCACCACCACCUCCUCCACCACCACCGCCGCCACCACCACCACCUCCUGGACCAGAGGUCUUUGUACCACCUGCACCUCCUCAGCCCCCACCGAUUUCUGUUACUCCAAGUGCAAGAGACAGAGCUGAGAGUGAAGACCCAGGUAAAAAAAAAUAUAUUUUCCUUUCAUCAUAACAUUUGAUAAAUUGAGUGUGACCAUGACAUAAGAAGUGAUUCAAUAAACCCCCACACUAGAAAUAUAAAUGUAUUUUUGGUGGGAAUGCUAUAUAUGAUUCUAAAUGGAUAUAGAAUAUAAACUUGUAUUCCCUAUUUAGCAAGAGCCUUGAAUUCAUAUUGUCAUGUUGGGGUGCAGCUAGCACUUGCUGAUUUAAGUACUAACCCACAAGAACACCAUCAAACAACUAGUGAAGGAAGAAUUGGUGGAAAGUUUGUUUCAUAUGUGGUUUUAUAUAUUUAAUGGCAAUUUAUGUGAUGUUUUGCAGGGUUUUUUUUCCCCCUGGGUGCAUACUGUUCCUCUGCCUGCCUCCCAGGCAAUAUCCCACCUUACACUGACCUUCCUUGUACAUCCAGAGCUUACACUGUGUUCCUUUCUGCACCAUUAUAAGGGGUCCUAGCUUCAGUUCCAUGCUUACCAUCAAUGUAUGCACCAUAACUUAUUUAACUGCAUAGCAGUUAGCAGUGGACUUUGGAGAUAACGUCUUCUUUUAUGAUUGUCCAGGCAACACAAUUUCUAAACCUGCCAUUUCCUGUUGCUCAUAGCAUUUUGCAUUGUUCUGUUUUCCUUCUCUGUGCAGCAGAUCUACUUACUCACCAUCCAUGCUUUACACUGGCCCCAGUUCAUAUCUUAUCACCAGCUCACUGUUCUUCUGACAUCAGUUUCCUGUUUACUGCCAGUAUACAGCCUUAUAGAACCUUUAUGUGUAAAUCUGCAUAUUUUCCCUUUGCCCUCCCAGCUGCUGUAAGAAGAGCUCCUAAGGAAGUGGUUGAUCCCUCUACUGGACGGGCAUCAUUGCUGGAGUCCAUCCGUCAGGCGGGUGGAAUUGGGAAAGCUAAAUUGCGCAGUGUCAAAGAGAAGAAACUGGAGAAAAAGAAGAUGAAGGAAAAAGAACAAGGUGCUCACAGGAUAGUGAAGGGGCAAGGCAGAACUAUCUUCUAUGGGCAGUCAGAAUGGGUGCCUAAUCUGGGUGAUGAGCAAAUUUAGUCAGCACCUGUCAGAGCAAGUGAGUUGCACUCAGACAGCAUCUCCCAUCACUCUCUGCUUGUAUCUGGCAGAGGUCCAUGAUUUAAGCAACAUCUGCUUGCUGCUGAUAAUUCAGAUGCUCUAUGAUGAGUUCAAAGCAAUACUCUUAUCUGCUGUGAAUUAACUGCAUUACACAUCUGACUGACGCUCUGCAUGUCAUUAGUCAGGGUUUCUUUACUGUAAAGGCAUGUGAUUGUUGGUAUGGAUAGAAGAGGAAUUAAUGGGUAUACUAACACAUUCAAUGCUGGAGGAAUUUAUAGUAUUGUACACCUUUUAUGUUCAUACUCCAUACUGUCGCAUUGUAUCCCUGUUUACAAAGAUGUCACUAUCCAGCCAAAUCGCUGUCAACCAUGGUUUGUAAAUAUAUAUGGAUGUCAUAUGGGCUUGGCAAACGGGGCCUUAUAAUACAAUACAUAAAUCUUCGAAAACAGCUCAAAGAAUUUCAUGGGUAUGCCAUUUAUAAGAAACUCUGGGUUCUUCCAAGUUUUGUAGUCUUCUUUAGCUAGUAGUGUUUUUUUUGUGUUUAGUUGUUGCUUAGAAGUAGGGUGUAUGCACUAAACCUGGGUGAGAGCGCGUAAGAGAUUUUAUAGCAAACCAGAUAGUUGAUGCUAGGGUUCAUAGGCCAGGGUUGAUUGAUGCAAAGUUAUGGCUUCCUGCUAAAUAACAGUUUUGGUGUAUUUAUUGUGUGUGUAUUUUUUUUUUUCUACAACUCAUAUUAUGCUUUGUCGUCCUUAAGGCUGGACAAGCAUUAUGGUAGUUGUAGCCCCCUACAACUGAUGUGAGAGUAUAUUUGGCCACUCCCAUUAUAGUUUAAUAAUGAGCUGCCAAAUGACUUGUACUAAGGUAUGUUAUUAGACUGCAACUCCUAUGCUGAUAAAUAAACAAGUCUGACUGGUUACCUUCCUUUCAGUUCAUGGUGUAAAGUAAAUGUUUGUGUUUUUUUUUGUCCUCUUCUUUACAGUUCAAGCUACAGUAGGAGGCGGUGACUUAAUGUCUGAUCUCUUUAACAAGCUACAAAUGAGACGCAAAGGUAUGCAAACUUACAUUGAUCAUUGUUCUUCAUAUCCGAGAUAAUUGUAAGAGAGCUGUGCAGGAAGUAUGUGGUGUCAAGAUAUGAGGCACAUGGCUACUCUCUAUAUAUACCAUAAAAAACCAAGGGUUGCAGAGACUUUGACUAGCAAGGGGUAUUGUUACAAAAAUGAUUAGACAUUUCAAUACACUUACAGGUUUAAAAUAGGCUAAAAUGCCCAUUACCCAGAGCAGGUAUUGGAGUAAGGAGCCCAUAAGUGACAUAGUGUACCAUAUGUGAUGAGUGUUCGGAUUUACAGAGGGAAAUGGAGCCGAAUGAUAAAAUCAGAGUGAUUGAGACAGAAGCUCUGGAACCAGUCCCAAUGCAUUUUGUAAGAGACUUCUUUAAAGUUUACCAGUUCCAGACAGCAGGCAUAAAUGUCAUGCCCUCUGUAUUGGGAUUUAUUUGCCUAAUAUUCCCAGUAUAAACCACUGAAGUCUCUAAUGUAAUGCAUUCUUGAUUUUAUGAUUUAUUUUCUUAUUGCAAGACAUCUGGUUUUCUUCGUAGAGACCAUCUUUCAGCAUAUGUUGGAAACUGUGGCUCAUGAAGUGUCGGGGUUAUUCAGUAAAAUGAGAUUUGCAAGAAAUUCAAAGUGAAUUUCUGUUUUAAUUUUUUGUAAUUAAGAGGUUUAUUGAAGGGGAGGGGAGGCAGAAUAUCCUUUUCAGUUUUAAUUUUUUUUAAAGUUUAUUACAUUUAGUUUAUUUAUUUUAGAAACUUGUAACUUUUUACACUACUCAAAUCUGACUAACAGCUGCUAACCCUAACUCAAUACAACCUCAUUUACAAAACUCUCAAUAAAGCAAAUGCAAUUUUUCAUGGUCUGGCCCCCCUGUCCACCCUACAACACAACCAAUUCAGGCCUUGGGACCAGUGCAACUUACCUUUUCCAAUGCUAUCCCAGUGACACCAGUCUUCUGUCAUGGCAAUGCCAUCUUUGUGUUCACAAGACCUCCAAUGUACAUGUGUUAACUCUUGCAAUUGUGUGAGAAUCAAUACAGAAUGCCAGAGAUUACUACGCUGGGAGGAGGUGAACACAGCCAUUGACAAAGUUGACAAAGGCUGUGGAUCUUUGUCAACUAAACUCCACACUUUGUCAAGUUUUGCAAACUCCCAGGUUACAAAUAAAGAAAAGCAUUAUUUCGAAAACAAAAAACAGGACAACUAAGGGGGGAGGUUUUAGAACAUGCCAACAUCAAAAAAAGUGACAGAUCCUUUUCAAGUUUAAUUAAAGUAAAAAAGCGAAAACUUGAUGACCAUUAUCAUUUAAGGCCAAAAAGGUAGGCUAUAAUGAAUUUGCAAAUGUUCUUCUCCUUUUAUUUUCAUUUUGGUGUCAAGCCAAGAGAUCGCAUUUAUUAAUUGACUCUACUAUCCAAAUCACAAAUGUUACUUGCCACUGUAAGCCAUAGCAUAUUCAUCAGGGGUGAGUUUUUAGUUUCCAGAGAUACAUUUUCAUUUGCUGUUGGGUAGUGAAAAGUGAAAACUUUGAGCCUUGCCUUACACAUUAUGUAACGUGCAAGCAUUUAAUGUUCCAUUUUAUAUGAAAUGAAUAAUUUUACUAUUUUUCAGAUCAUACUUAGGGAAAUUUACCAGCUAGAAUUAAGAGACCUACAAAACACUGUAAAUUAUUUUGUAUGUUGUGGAAAGAGACUAAAGUUAAUAAAAUAUGCUCUACAUAAAAAUAAGGUAGGAAGCAGGCAGGGACUGCCUCAUACUCAAAUCAACUGCUAUACUGCCAGUCUGGAAUAGGUCCAUUGUGGCAUGUACCUCUUGGGGUUCAAAGUUGGGUAUUGUAGAAUCAGGUCUUACAUGCCUGGAUUUGCUACAAUUUAUUACAUGGCUACCCACACCCUUAAGACUGCCUCUGUGAGUUAAAUGCCCUAUAGUCCUGACCCUAUAGUGUUUAAACCACAAUCUAGCCCCCCUUGUCCCCUCUUUCCUCUAUAAAUAUAGUAAAAGUGUACUUGUAUUCAAGUCUGCAGCUACUGGCUCUGCCUCUAACCUCCUUGCUAUCUGCUGACAUCAUCAGAAGUAGUGGUCUGAGACAAUUACAAUGCAUCCCCAUAGGAUUGGCUGAGACUGUCAAGGAGGCAGAUCAGGGGCAGAGCCAGUAAGUCAAAAACAGCCCUGGCUAAUCAGCAUCUCCUCAUGAAUAAAUGCAUCUCUAUGAGGAAAGUUCAGUGUCUGCAUGCAGAGUGUGGAGACACUGAAUGGCAGUGCUGCUCACUGUGCAGCACUGCCUCAUGAAGCAUUUCUAGCAGCCAUCUGAGGAGUGGCCAGUAGAGUUAUCACUAGGCUGUAAUGUAAACACUGCAUUUACUCUGAAAAGACACUGUUUACAGCAAAAGGCCUGAAGGUAAUGAGUCUACUCACCAGAACAAAUUCAAUAAGCUGUAGUUGUUCUGAUGACUAUAGCAUCACUUUAAAGACUUGUUGAUGUGGGACAUGGCUGCUACCUGACUCUUUAACAAUGCCAUCUCCAGUUCUACAAAAUAGGAUAUUCCCUAUGGCAGCUCCUUGUGUCUGAGGAAUUGUAGAUGCGAGCAUUCAGAGGUUUCAGGGCUUAAAUGAUAUAGGAAGGGUGUUCUCGUGCCGCUCUUUUGAGGAGCAUUCACACCUAGCUCCCAUCGAUUAUUUUAGCUAUAUGCAGGUAUGUAGUUUUGAAGACAGGACCGAUAUAACACUGGUUUCUGUGGUGAAGGGGCACCUUGUUCCACAUGUGGUGAGUGUCUCCCUAGGCAAUAAAUAUUCUGGGAUAAGAUCAAUUAAACCUAAAUGAAACAAAAUAUAGAGCAAUGUUCUUCAUAAAUCUGUGGACUUGUCUCCUUAAACCUUCCUGUUUUACAUACCAGUUGAUGCAUUCACUUCUUUUGAAAAUAUGUUUAUUGCAAAAUGUAACCUUGCUUUUGCAAACUGUGUCUUUAGAUCACAAGUAUCUAUAUUUAAUAUACACAAUGGUAGAUAUGAUAGGGUCUUUCCAAGUUUAGUUAAUUCUAUAGAGAGUGAAUAAAAGCCUGCUAAAUGAAAGGAAAAAAGCAUGAAAGAUUAAAAAUAAAUCAACUCAAACUUGUGUUUCCUGCACAUCAUGAGGAUAUUCAGCUUCUGCAGUGAGCUCUGACUUCCAGACAAGGAAGUGACUCUCCUAAAUCCCAUUAUGAGAUAGAUAUAUCUAUAUCUAUCUAUCUAUCUCCGUGCUCAGCAGUUGUUCCUUCAUGAAAAUACAUGAAUGACCUUACUGUGUAAAUAGCUUUUUUUAAUGUUUUUCAUAGCACACUUAAAGGAAUUUACACCAUUGCAUAAACCAUUGAAACUGAUUUCUAACUUGUAUUCACUUUUUUGCUCAUGAGAUGCUCCAUUUUCUUUUAAAUUUGUAUACCAUUUUUAGCAAUUGGCAUCAUAACCCAUUUCAAGUCGGAUAAAGCCUCGAUAGCAGAGUUGAAAUGUUGUUUUAAACUUGAGACCAAUAAGUCUGCUCAGGAACACGACUUUGAGUUCACAGGCAUAGCAGAGGUUUAUCCCCCCUGCCUUGGUGCACUUUAGUUGAAAUAUUUAGAUCUAGUGGAUGAGGCAGGCACUCUGGACUAGUGCACACCCGCCUUCCCCAUCUCACUGAGCUGUAAUAUAGAUUAUUGAGAAGCAUAGGAAAGUCCUGAUUGCAUGUUUCUCAAUGAGAAGUCUCUUGGGUAUCCCCUGGUGUACACAAAGUCUAGGCUGAAAUGGAAGGGUCUGCAAAGACUGCUGACAGCAGAUAUGCAGCUUUUGCAAGCUGUUUCUGCCUUACCCCCCAAAGAAAACAUUCAGAAAAAAUACAUGCAUGGAAGUGUAUAUAUAAUAAAACGUGUAAAUACAUUUUAAAAAAUUGAGGGUUUCUUUAAAAAUUAUGUUAAGCAACAGCACCCCACUAAGAAAAGGUAGACAUCUGAACCAAUAUGUGUUCUGCAUAUAUGUACUGCACGUGCAAUAACUAAUUCAAAGAGCAUAGGAAGAUAUGGUGCUUGAGAUGUCUUUUAAAGGAAUACUACAGUGCAGCACUGAUCCAGGAAGCGCCUCUAGUGGCCGUAUGAGUGACUGCCACUAGAGGUGUCCCUAGGCACUAAUGUAAACACUUUGGGGGGGAGUGGAGGAAGUGCACUAACAAUUCCAAUAAAUCAAUAUAACGGGCCUGAAAUUUGCCUACUUUCUGUUGACUCAUUAGAACUAAAACAAGUAUGUUCAAAUCCCAUCAUCAUUUGACUCAGUGGUUUCCAAACUUUUUAGGUUCAAGGGGCCCUUAAUAUUUCAAUAUUGUUCCAAGGCACCCCAAGUCAAAAUUUCUAGGCUUUAUAUCUGUACAGCGCUGCUGCUGGUGCUAUAGUGUAACGUACAGUGUUGGUGUUUGAAGGUGUGCUUGUAUAUAGUUUUAGUACAGGGGUGUAUUUGUAUGUAAUGUUUAAGUUUGAUUGCAGGAUUGUGUCUGAAUGUAAUGUUCACUUUUAAAUGCGGAUGUACACUUGUGUGAAGUAUUUGUUUUUUAUUAACCCCUUAAUAACGUCUGGAAUAAAAGGGAAUCAUGACAUGUCACACAUGUCAUGUGUCCUUAAGGGGUUUAAGGUGUUUGUGUGUGUGUGUAUUUCCUUUGCGGUUUGACUGCAGGGGUGUAUUUGUAUGUAAUAUUUGUGUAAGAUUGCAGGAGUGUACUUGUAUGUUGUGCUGGUGUUUGACUGCUUGGAUGUAUGCACAUACACUACCACUUACAUACAAACGUUCACAGCUAUUCAUGCACAUUAACACACAGAUACAUAUAAAAACUACGACACAUACACACAAAUUCAUAUAGACACCUACACACACAAACAUUGAUACAUACACACACCCUGACAGAGAUGCACAUACACAGAUGUGUACACACACACACUGACACAGAAGCACACUGACAUAUAUAUAUAAAAUGUAAAAAUAGAAAGUAAUAGGUCGCGCCACACAAAUAAUAUGGUAUAAUAACAAACGGUAAAAAACAAUGAGUACUUACAUAAAACGUAUAAGGGAAAACAGAGUCCUGAGUAAAAUAAUAUGGAUAAAAAAGAAAUAGUCCAAGUUGAUUGAAUGAAUAUGUUGAAUCUUAUGGGUUCUGAGAUAAUCCAAUGUCCAGAUGACGUAGAGGCAUGUGAAUGAGAGGACAAUCCAAUAGUGUAAGACUGCACACCAUAGGCAGAGUAUAAUAGUGGUGAUGGUAACUCCUACUCACCUAAUCGAGAGCUAAAGCCAGCUCAGGUGUAAACCGCAUUCAGUGGCGUUGAUCCCCCACUGGUAGGAUAUCGGUGUUGGUAGGGAGGCGAAGAUCCUCAAUAUAUAGAAAAGAAAGAUAAAAAACCCAAUAGUGCUCUCUGUAUACAAUGGCAGUUGGUGAUAUAAAAGGUAUAAUACUCACAUGCGAGUGAGCAGGAUAUGCUGCUCACUUUAACAGCAUGGAUGGUAUAAUCCCCACCUAGGAUACUUGGGUGAGUGGGAAUUCCAGAGUAUAGAAUGACCAGGUAUAUUAAAAAAAAAUAUUUAAAAAAAAUAUAUAUAUAAAAAAUAUAUAUAUAUAUAUACACACACAAACUAUAUCACCAACUCUCAUUGUAUACAGAGAGCACUAUUGGGUUUUUUAUCUUUCUCUUCUAUAUAUUGAGGAUCUUCGCCUCCAUACCAACACCAAUAUCCUACCAAUGGAGGAUCAACGCCACUGAAUGCGGUUUACACCUGAGCUGGCUUUAGCUCUCGACUGGGUGAGUAGGAGUUACCAUCACCACUAUUAUACUCUGCCUAUGGUGUGCAGUCUUACACUAUUGGAUUGUCCUCUCAUUCACAUGCCUCUACGUCAUCUGGACAUUGGAUUAUCUCGGAACCCAUACGAUUCAACAUAUUCAUUCAAUCAACUUGGACUAUUUCUUUUUUAUACAUAUUAUUUUACUCAGGACUCUGUUUUCCCUUAUACGUUUUAUGCAAGUACUCAUUGUUUUUUACUGUUUGUUAUUAUACCAUAUUAUUUGUGUGGUGCUACCUAUAACUUUCUGUUUUUACAUUUAGUGUGAAUCUUGAGCAGCUCCUGCAGUGCUCCUCUUCCCACGCGUCUGCCUUCCUCCCACCCUGCCGACAUUACAGGGAUCCAGUCAAAGUCUUAAAGGACCACGGCACUCGACCGAGCCCCUAUCCAGUGCUACAAUCAUUGCACCGGGGAAACAUUCCACGGCACCCCAUGUGCACGUCGCAGCACCACACAGUUUGGGAACCACUGAUUUUACUUUUUCCCCCUCCCUCCAUCAGAUUAUUAUUAUUUUAACUCUUUGUUAACGAGUCAUAAAUCAAAUUCUAUCACGUAUCAUGUCAGAUGCACACAUAUUGUGCAAUCCGUGCAAGAGUAGUUGGCAUGAUGGCUUCAUAAAUUUAAAUUGAAAAUUGAUUUUGGGAAUUUGUAAAUGUGUCUGACAAUCAUGUGUACACAUUUGUGGCAAGGAACUGGUUAACCAGGCUUUUCCUGCUAAAUGCUCUCAAUGGAGCAGGGCCAAGCCAACCCCCUUACAGCAGUUAUUCACAUUCAUUCUCCACUGGAGUUUGCAGAGCUGAAAUGAGACAGCAGAAGGUUUUGAGCUUCUCUUUGUUUAGUGGACAAUAUUUAUCAGACACCUGUCUGUUAACAAAAAAGCCUGCAGUUAGAAAACUCUGCAAAUCUCUUAUAUGUAGAUCUUCCUGCUGGAAAAAAUAUUCACCUUGGGGGGAAAAAAAAUCUGUACAAUACAUUUUUCCCAUUUGUGAAACAAAUGUGUACACUGUGGCUCAUCGGUGUCUUCAUUUAUGUGAUAUACUGGUACACAAAGCCCUGCAAACUAAUGCCAGACAUGGAAAGCUGGUGAUAAGUUGAAGGAUAAAUGCUGUGACAAGUUGCCAAGAUUCAUUGAUUUGCACUGUCAGCUUGCUGAGCCUCCCAUCAUGUCAUCCCUGUCCAAACAUCUCCUGAGAGGUGAAAAGGACACAGUGAGGUAAUGUAAGACACUAGGAGGUCUGUCAUAUCCUCUUUUAAGCGUAGCAGUAACAGACCGUGCUACAUGUUUGAAUGAUUGUACUCACUGUUCAAUAAUGACUGGUGAAAUUACAGUACCAAUCUGUACAUUGCUAUAGAGUACGUUCAUAUUCAGUUUGCAUGUAGAAAUGAAUAAAGAGAUAGAAAAUAAUUACUCCAAUAACAGACAGCAGGAUUUUUCAGACCUUCUCCUCUAUCUGGCAGAUCUGUUCCACGCGUGUCAGCCAUCUUUGAUGCAUAGGCUCAUGUUGUUGCAUCCAGUGGGCAGAAAUCAGGGACCUAGCCACAGUGAGCUGGUGUUUAGAGAGUGUUUUUCUUUUUUUGGGAUAUUGGUAACCUGGUGUGAUUAAGCAGUAUGUUUGCAGGAUAGAUGUGCAGCAGUCUUCCUACCGCUUUGGGGUCUAGGGAUUUAUUCUGUGGUGUAUCAAACCAAUUUGUUAAUAUUUUGAAAUUAAUCUCCUGCAACCAUGUGCCCUUUGAUGGGACAGGACCAAUAUUUUAUACCGGUGAGACAUACAUUUAGGUGGGGGAAUUUGCAUCCCCUGUAGUAGUAGUUAAUAUAAAGCACAUAUGUGCCUAGGUAGAGGCUCAGUGCACAUACAACAGACAUCAAAUACUAAUACACGAAAAUAAGUCUUGUGCUCAAACUCACACUACUCCUACGUGGCAGCAAUAGACAUAGUACACAUAAGCCCCAAUACAUACAAUAAAAACCAAAGAAAAGAGUUACCUGUGCACUACCCCAAAUCCCUAUGCAUAUUUACACAAAUUUAGUUUUUUUUGCUUCACUUGUGGCCAUUGGAAUGAAACUAAAAAAUCUCCAUUUGUCUAAAUAUGCACAGAGAUUUGGGGUAGUGCGCAGGUAAUUUUUCUUUAGACCUCAAAUACUGUGGGCUGUCUUUCCAGUCAUGUAACAGCUGGGAUUCUAUUUUUAGUUAUUACUGGCAUUUAUAAAGCACCAACAUAUUCCGCAGCACUGUACAAUUAGAGAACAUACAAUAUACACAGAUAAAUACAAAAGGCAAAGAGGACCCUGACGCUAAGCUGAGAUCUAGACAUUGAAGCUCUUUUAUACAAUGUCUUUAGAUUGUAAGCUCACAGGCUCUCUAACUAAAGGAUGUAAUGGGGAUUUGUGGCAAGGGGUAGCAUGGGGAAAUUGGAAGUGAUGGCUAAAGAAAGUUAACUUAAAAUAUAAAGGAAAUAAGUAGGUAAUUGAGAGAGACUCUGACAGCUGGAGCAGCAUGCUAUACAUUUAGUAGGGACCUGGGUGGGUGGGGAGUGCUGAGAACAAAGUGGAGAUUCAGUAUUGGUUGUUUCUGGGUGUGUGAAGUGAAACCUAAGGAACAGAUGCAGAUUAAACCGUUAUAUGAAUGUAUUUACAGCUAGGAGGGGCAAAGGAAAGAGGGGGUUGGUAAAGCAAACAUUAAUGUAUACCAUUGAAAAGUUUGCCCACCAAAUUCAGCCAUCCAAAAUUAUAUAUGUACCUGCCAUAUUUGUGGAAUACAUUCAAUAUAUAUAUAUUUUUUUUUUUUAACCGCAUGCACAGAAAAUUCAAGUAAUUACAGGUAUAAAUGGUAAUAGUAAAAAUAAGGAUAAAUGAAGGGGUAUCUUCCAAGCUUCAGUUACUAUCUGCAUGGAGAUGAGAAAUGGAGAGAUUCAGUAUUGCUUGUUCCUGGGUGUGUGAAGUGAGGCCUAAGGAACAGAUGCAGAUGAAAUGGUUAUAUGAAACCGUUCUUUAAGCUGCCACACUGUGUUCUAAUUUAGGUCAAUGUUUCAGAGUAUGACAUGAUGCCAUUCUACUAUCCGGGACAGCUAAUGCUUGAUAAAACUUAGAGAAGACCUAGGCCACCCAUCUUUUUGGCGAGAAUUAGCUGGGCUAAUUUUCUUAAUUCUAGGUUGGUGACCCUUCCACACGUAGUGGAUGAGGGCUGAGUUUAGAGAGGAGAAAAGAGCUUGAGGGAGGUGUAUGGAAAUGGCUUGGAAGUGCAGGACAUUAAUCUUGACUGAAUUUAUUUGGCAGCGACAAUGCUUUCAUAGCGCCGUCUCAUAAGAGGAUAAAACUGAGGGUGAAGUGUCCGAAAUUAGUUCCAUAGUUCCGGACAGUUCGAGGUCAGGUGUUCAGGAAAAUAAAAUGGCCGCCAUAAUCUGUAAAUGGCAGUUUGGUUAACCAAAAGUACCGAACCGGGGGAAUGCAGUUGAUUCGGUAUUGGAGUUAGCUUGAGGGCGUUAUUCACAUCGGCCUUAUCUAGAACUGAAGGAAAUUGUAUUGGUAUAGUUUAUAGUUAUGGUAUAGUUUGGUCCGUACACUAUCGGAAAGGAAAUUAGCCCCAUAGACUGUAAGCUUGUUUGAGCAGGGUUCUCUUCAACCUAUUGUUCCUGUAAGCAUUUUCUUUUUUGCAAUUGUCAUAUUUAUUGUUAAAUUUCCCCCUCUUAUAAUAUUGUAAAGUGCUACGAAAUUUGUUGGCGCUAUGUAAAUGCCAAUGAUAAACAAAUAGGUCUAACCGAGACACCAUCUGGAACGGAAUAGUGAUGUUUAGCAAUUUUGGUUUUUCAAGAUUUAAUUUCAGUUUACUCCCUUCCCCAUAUCGGUUGAAUUCUGUGAUAAUAUUUGGUAGUGAGAUAGUGGGCUGCUCAACAUAAAAGAGUAGGCUGAAAUCGUAUGUUCCUAACUUUUGUAGUAAAAACUGUUAAUGCUUUGAUUAUCCCUAAAAGCAUAAGGUAGUGGUUAAAGGGCCAAUAUAAACAGCAAAGGCAACACGUACCAUUUCUGUAUAUGGUAGUUGUAAGGGCCAUGUUCAUUCGGACCCUAGCAUUAAAGAUAGUGUAGAGGGCUAAGGCCCACUCACAAAAGCUACCCCAGACUCCAAUGGGUUGUAACAUCAAAUACAUAAAUGUCCAGUCCACCCGGUCAAAAGCUUUCUCAACAUUAAUAGAGAGGAGGAGCCGUCCAAGACAUAUGGAUAAAAAUAUGGUAUUUACUUGUUUAGUGUAUAUGUAGCAUUUCAAACUACCUUCAGGCUAUAGGUAGAUAUGGAAAAGGGUUGUAAGGAAACAGCGUCUUCACUAAUGUUCUCAAGCCAGUUAAUGUUGGAGUGAUAUGGAAAAUAAGAGCACAAAAUAAAACGGAAUAUGGUAAAAUGCUGAGAAAAAUGGAGAGAUGCGGUAUUGUUGUUUCUGGGAGUGUGAGGUGGGGCCUAAAGAAAAGAGCUGGAGAUAAAAUCUUUAUAUGAAGGUAUUUAGAACCAGGAGGAGCAAAGAAAAGAAAUUAAGGGAGGGUAGAGUAAACAUUUGUUGUAUACCAUUAAACAGUUUACCAACCAAAUUCUAUCAGCCACAAUAUUAAUAACUGUACCUGAAUGCCUUAAAUGACAAUAACAGUGGCAAACAGAUAUAAAUAGUAACAAAUUAUAAUAUGGUAACAAUGUAAGAGUAAAUGAGGGGGAAUAUCUUCCAAUCCUCAGUCUGUACCUGGAGAUUGCAUGGACAUGAGAAAUGGAGAAAUUCAGUAUUCCUUGUUUCUGGGUGUGUGAAGUGAGGCAUAAGGAACGGAUGCAGAUGAAACAGUUGCAGGGAGAUGAAAAAUUGAGAGAUUCUGUAUUGUUCUUGCGCUUGUUCAAAGUCAAUUUGGCAGCUCUGACUUCCCAAAUCAGAUUGUCUUCCUUCUAGCCGUAUGUAGACAGGGCCGGCGCUUCCUAUAGGCGACUUAGGAAGCCGCCUAGGGUAGCCCUUGGGAAGGGGCGACGCCAGGAGCGCCGGCCCCUUAAAUGCUGCAGCUGCUUGAGCGCGCUAUAGAGGGCUUCAGCUGCAGCACUGCCCGGGGGCGCAAGAUCCAUUAGGGCGCACCGGCCUGGCGGCACACAGCGCUCCCUCCUGUCAGUCCCUCAGUGUAGCGUGGCCGAGCUCUGCUCCGGUUUGCAGUACAGGAGCAUCCUUUUCCUAUACCCGGCCAGUACAAAAACAGAUGAACAGGAUCAGUGAGCACUUCCUGUCAGUCCGGGAACAGGAAACCAAAGCUCCUGUACUGUGAACCAGAGAGGAGCUCGGCUACACUACAUUAGAGGUAGGAGGCACACCUGGGAGGGAAGGGAAAGGAGAGACCACCUGGGGAGGGGGCAUAAGAGGAGAGACCACCUAGGAGGGAGGGGGAGUAGGAGAAGUGACCACUAGGGCAAGGGAGUGAGAGGAGAGACCACUAGGAUAAGGGGUGAGAGGAGAAACCACUGGGUUAGGGGGGAGGAAGAAACCACUAGGGAGAGAGGAGGGGCAGGAGAGACCACUAGAGGAGGGAAAGGAGAAGCCACUACGAGGGUAGGGAAAGGAAAGGAGAGACCACGAGGGGGCAGAGAGAGCAGAGACCAUUAAACAGGGGAGGGAGAGAUCACUAGGGACUGGGGAGAGCUCUAAGGGCAGGUAGGAGAGAGCACUAAGUGAUGGGGGGUAGGAGUGAGCUCUAAGGGACAGGGGGAGGAAAGGAGACCACCAAGGAACGGGGGGAGUGAAAGAGAUUAUUAAGGGACAGGGGAGUGGAAGACACACAGACGCUAAGGAAGGGGGUAAAGAGAAGCACAAAGGGGCUGGACAAAGACACACAGAGGGGCUCGGGAGGGAGACACACAAAAGGGCUGUGGGGAGUAGGACACACGAGGAAGUGAAGAUGUAGGAGGCAUACAAAGAGGGGGGAUUAGAGACAUAAGGGGCUUGUAAGAGAUACACUAAAGAGGGAUGUAAUAAAUUAUAUUAACAAAAUAAAUAUAGUAAAAAUAAAGAGCUGCUCCCCUCUCAGCCCUUAACCUACCCCACAAACUCUUUCACAAUACACACACAAACGCAUCCCUAUAAAUACACAGAAACACCAUGCUUCCCUUACACACAGAGAAACACACAAUGCAUCCAUUAAACACAAAAACAAUGCAUCCCUUAGACACAAUCAAUGCACCCCUUAAAGACACACACAAUGCAUCCCUAUAAAUACACAGAAACACCCUGCUUCCCUUAAACACAGAGAAACACAUAAUGCUUCCAUUAAACACAGACAAUGCAUCCCUUGUGCACACAAUCAAUGCACCCCUUACAGACACACACACACUGCAUCCCUUACAUACACAGAAACACUCCUUGCAUCCCUUUCACAUACAAACACAGAUACACACAAUGCAUCCCUUACACACAAUACAUCAACUACACACAAACACAAUGCUUUCUAUCCCUUAAACAAAAAACACACUGCAUCCACUACACACACACACUGCAUUGCCUACACAAACUGGUAUCCCUAUACACUACAUUCCAUAAGCACACACAUUAGAUCCACUACAAUAACUCAUAACACAUCCCCUACACACUCCACUCCCUGUGAGCAAACUCAUGGGUGGAACAUGUAGGUGGACUUAUGGGUGGGCCUUAUGGGCAUACUCACCGUCAGGCCCUGGGGCCCAGACCUUGAGCUGUGUAAGGGGCCCCAAAAAAUGGAGCUGUUCCCGUUCUCCCAGAACAUUGAAUUUUGUGACAACAGUUACAAACCGCCUCCAGAGAGCCUGUUCUGCACCAGACCAGUGGAGCCAAACUGCAGCCAGAGCCCAUCACCAUCCUCAUGUGGUUGUAAAUAGGCAAUCUAGUAUAUUAUUAGUGACACUAAUCUCUAAUUUACCUCACAUUAAACACUAUAGUCCCCCAGAACCACUGCAGCUUAAUGUAGUGGUUCUAGUGUCUAUAGCCUGUCCCUGCAGGCUUUUUAAUGUAAACACACACUGUGUGCAGCACUGGCAUUAGUUCAUAUGGCGGUUCAUAUGGCACAUCAUAUGGGUGGGGCAUUGUGAUGUCACAUGGUAGGCUGCAAAUUUUUCUUUUGACUAGGGCGGCAAAAAUCCUUGCCCCAGCCCUGUAUGUAGAUAUAGAAAGGGAAUGCAGGGAGGCAGCGCCUUUACAAGUGCCUUCACCCCAAAUAAUGAUGGAACAAUAUGCAAAACAAGAGGGCAAAUAAGACUGAAUAUGAUGUAGUAUUUUUGAUGCUGGUGAUUAUAGAAAAAAAAAGAGAGAAAAUGUUCUUACAAUCUUCUGGAACUUGAAAUCGGCUCCAGAUAUAUCCACUUGGACGUUACAAUCCCUGUUUAUGAUCUUGGUCUCUGUCUUACUCUUAUGUGGAAAGGUAACCUUUGGCCGGUCAGUGUUCGUAGAAGUGGUCUCUUUCAAUAUGCCUUUUUAUCACAGUGAGUGUUCACCAGCGUAUAACAUGAAAAUAAAAACUGAAGAUAGCACAGUAAAGUUAUGCUAAUCCUAUAUAGCUUAGGUCAGUGAUGGCGAACCUUUUUGAGCUCGAGUGCCCAAACUGCAAUACAUGCCAACUUUUUUUCCCUCAAAGUGCCAUCACAGCAAUUAAACCUGAAUACUGAGGAUUAAGUUUAGAAAAAAACAAUUCGUACAGUUGUCCGAACUAGUUAACAUCUUUUGUUUUAAAAGAAAAACACAACAGAGAGUUCAAUGAUACAAAUUUUAAAUAAUGAUAUAGAUAAAAUUAAGCUUAUAUUUAUUAGUAUCUCUAACAAAUGCAAUGCAUUCACACACUGACUGCUUAAUACACACAGUCCGCUAAAUACACACACACACAAACAUACACACAGUCCACUAAAUACACACACACACAAACAUACACACAGUCCGCUAAAUACACACACACACAAACAUACACACAGUCCGCUAAAUACACACACACACAUACAAACAUACACACAGUCCGCUAAACACACAUACAAACAUACACACAGUCUGCUAAAUACACACACACAAACAUACACAGUCUGCUGAAUACACACACACAUAUACUGCUUUGAGGGAUGCUGUGUGCAUGUGUGUGUGUGAGGGAUGCUGUAUGUGGGGAGGUAGCGGUGCUGUGUAGGGGUGCUUUGUGUGUGUGUGGGGGUGUAGGGGUGCUUUGUGUGUGUGGGGGGUAGGGGUGCUGUGUGUGUGUGGGGGGAGUAGGGUUGCUGUGUGUGUGUGUGUGUGUGGGGGGAGUAGGGGUGCUGUGUGUGUGUGGGGGGGUAGGAGUGCUGUUUGUGGGGGGUAGGGGUGCGGGGUGCUGUGUUGGGAGGGGUAGGGAUGCUGUGUUGAGGUGGUUGAAGAUAUAUAAAAAACUGAAGGGGGGAGAAGAAACACAGCCAUCCCUGGUGGUCCGGUGGUGGUAAGUAUGUAGGACAGGUCCUGCAGCUCUCCUGUCCUCCAACGAUGCUGUGUGAAGCGUUGCUGUGCCACCGGUUCGCCAUCAGUGGCUUAGGUGGUAUCUUCCCCACCUAGGAAACCGAAGUAUGAAUCCUCCAGGUAAAAAGUCCAAAUUCGAUAAACCAGUUUUAUUUAUAAUCAAAAUAUUUUUAAUAUACAUGUAAAGUGAAAUGUUCAAAUUUGCUUGUUUGCAGGUAUUUCUGGAAAGGGUCCAGCUGCUGGAGACGGAAGUGGAGAUGCUACGACUGGGGCAUUUGCACGAAUUUCUGAUACAAUCCCACCUCUACCCGUGCCACAGCCUGCCUCGGUCGAUGGCGAUGAGGAUGACUGGGACUCAUAG